AUGACUAAAGUCGACGCUGCUGACUCAUUUAUCCAACCAGCAAUUGAUACCAACGACGACUGUAUCAAUGAUGGAAUAUAUUCGGACCCGUUGCUGUUGCCAGAAACCUACAUAGUUGUUGAGUUGGAUGCUAGGGAAGAGACCACCACACCAAACAAAGGUGAUGUACCUGAUGAAGGAAAGCUUUCCGAUGUACCUCGAAGUAAGUUGCAGAUUAGGAGGAAGAAUACGCCUACACAUCAGGUGAAUCUAGAUAGGCCGGUGUGGUUGCCGCAGAACUGUAAGUUUGAAACAGAAGUUCGUACCAUUGAAUCCACAGUAAGGAGAGUAGAUAAAUUCUAUAUUGAACCAAUAUCAAAGAGUCCAUUUAGGUCAAAGAUUGAGGUUGAAGAAUUCCUAGAAACAGGUUUCAAGCGCAAGAGGAAAAUAAUUUACCAUAAUCAUGACGGUGCUGCACCAUCUGAGGAAAAAAGAAAUGUUGAUUAA